GAUUCUUCAUAUGACAUGGAGCACGCACCUGUUCUUUGCCACAGUGGAAGCAUGAACAGCAGAAACCAUACACAGGUGUAAAUACAUAACGUGAUGCUUAUGAGAUCCCAGUCCCUUCAAUUGUCCAUGUAUUUUGAUCCAAAGGGUCGUUUUUACCUUUGUAUCUGCUGUUGAUAUGGGUCGUUCAUGUGAGCGCUUGGUUAUUUCCGACAGCUCGUGAAGGCAACAGAACCGCCGCUAAUCCAGUGACGUUAGGUAUUGAGAGACCUUCAUCCCAAAGAGAGGACCGUGUUUUUAAGGCGUUAUUCGUGUGUUUGUGUCCGUGUUCUGCACAACAUGCUCAACACGCAGAGAUCUCUGUCCGAGCUGCCCAGGAUGUCCGCUGCCAGUCAAGUGGAGAGAGCCGUGUUGGAGGAGGAAUUCAACUGGCUGCUGAAAGAAGAAGUACAUUCUGUUCUAAAGCAGCUCCAGGAUGUCCUCAAGGAGGCAUCAAGACGUUUCUCCAUGCCGACGCCAGGCCUGGAGAGUCAGCAAAAACAGGAAAACUUCAUCCUCGGCAGCUCAACCAUGGAUCAAGUGAAGGGGGUGCUGACUCUGCAGGGAGAGGCUCUGACUCAGGCCGACAUAAACCUGAAGGUUGCAAAGAGCAGCCAAGUGUUGCAUUUUCAGUUCAGAGAGGACAAGCUGUGGAAACUGCAGCAGAUUCAGGAUGCCAGGAACCAUGUGAACCAGGCGCUCCAGCUGCUUGGCAGCCAUGACGAGAGCUACCACUUCAAGACGGGGGCUGAGGUUAAUAAGCUCAUGGAUGCAGUGAUGCUCCAGCUGACGAGAGCUCGGAACCGCCUCACCACCCCGGCCUCCAUGACGCUGCCUGAGCUGGCCACCAGUGGUCUGAUGAAAAUGUUCACUCCUCCCAUGCCCGGGGAUGUGAUGGUGAACUUCUACAUUAACUUAAGCAAACUGUGCCUGACCGUGUACCAGCUUCAUGUGCUGCCUUCCAACACCAUGAAGAAUUACAAGCCAGCUGGAAGCUCAGUGUUGCACAACCCAGGAGCAAUGUUCGAGCUCAACAACAACCGCUUUGAGGUGAGCCACGUUCACAAGGUGGAGUGUGUGGUGCCUUGGCUCAAUGACACGCUGGUAUUCUUCACCAUCUCGCUGCAGCUCUGUCAGCAGCUCAAGGACAAGAUAUCAGUCUUCUCCAGUUUCUGGAACUACAGACCUUUCUGAUCCACUUCCUGUCCCUCCAGAGACCGGCAGAAGCAAACUAACCACGCAAGUGUAACGGACAUCCUGGGAAGGUUUUCAUUUGUUUUAAACAUGUAUUUAUCAUCCCGUCAUUCAGUUUCAAGUGUUGCAUAGUUAGCUGAAGGAACCAAUCAAACCCCAACAGAUAUGAAUAUUCCCGUGUGUGUGUGUGUGUGUGUGUGUGUGUGUGUGUGUGUGUGUGUGUGUGUGUGUGUGUGUGUGUGUGUGGCAGGCAUCUCACAGCACCGACUUCAACUCCUCCAUGAAUGAAUGUGAUUGUUGCUGAUUUGUUAGAAGAAUUUAUUUUUGGAUUAUUUAGUAUGAGAAUGUAUGAGGUUAUCAUCGGUGGUGUUGUGUGGAGCACGAAGUGUCCACUCAGGGCUGGAGGACUAAGCAGCACCAAGAGGUCACAGUGGUCACAGUUUCUAUCCGAUGAGUUCCCUCACAGUAGUUUCAAUGUUUCUUCAUCUUUUUGCAGUCCCUUACAAUAUAAUGGUACUUUCUUCAAAAGGGCACUCCUCUAAUUUGACACGCCUCACUGCUCAUUGGUUAGAUAUGUCGGAAAGUAAACAUAGGAGGAAGGUCCAAGAAGCUCGUAUCUGCCCAAAAGACUUCCUUUUAAUCUCCAGCCAACUGAUAACAACAGUUGCUUUCACGCAUCCCAGAAUGCAAAGCUCUCCUGGCUACGGGAGCCCUUUAGGUCAAACUUGCAGAGCAUGUCUUGUAGUUGAGUCAGAUUGAGGUCGGCUCACAUUCCCACCAUAAAUUAACUGCUUGAGAAUGAAUUUGUGACCGGACUGAGUCCUGUAAACAGCUGUGUUCAUGGGGGACUGGAGUCUGGACUAAACGACGUAGGCUGCUCCGCCCUUAGUUUGGGUUUGGAGCCCACUCAUUUCAGAUCAAAUGUCUGUUAGAAACUGGAAGUGUAGCGUUUGAAAGAAGUGGGCAUUUACUAGGAAGGAGGGUCAAACAAAAGAUGUUGAGUUGCAUUGUGGGGUGUUUCUGGACCUACAUGAGACUUGAUUUGACCACUCUAAGGUAAUCUGUCUUCUAUUAAUCUGUGCAUUCACAGUACAUCCAGCUGUACUCGUGGAGCUGUCCAGCACUGGGUCUGGCCAUGGCCCCCUAGAUGACACUACGCACUUUGUUUAGAAGACAGCCCCCUUAAUCUGGGAAUUUGUUUCAGUUUCACUAAUUCCAUAGAAUUGCUCACUAUACUUUAAAGGUUCUCUGUAUGUGUUCAGAGCAUUAACAUAUCAUCACACAGCUGUCAUCUAUGUAAAGAUGUAGAGGAGGAAUGAGCACAGAAUGAAGUCUCUCCACAGCUUCUCCUGCUCUGUUCACAUAGCCGGGCCGGCUGUGUGCUUUGAGUGCAUGUUAGUGCACGUGAGCGUACCCCACAGGUUAGCUCACGCCUGCCGCUCUACACUGCUCUAAUACGACGGUCACAUGGUAAAGCCGUCCAGACCGACAGACAUGGAAGCGUUUCUCCUCAGGUUAACACUGUCGGCAAUGUUGCCGUUGUUUUUAGCGCUGUUAGCACUGUUAGCAGCCGGAAUGCAACAGUAUUGCAAAGAGAGGGCAAAAGGUCUUAUGAAGGGGAGGAACAGACUCGGCUGUGAGGGGAUGCAUAGUAUUAAAACAUUUCCCACUGUGAUCUUUUAACACUAACCUGUUGGAGACAGAUGGUACCGUCAGUGUUUGUGGACCAGGUCCAAUGUCCGGCCUUCCAGACACACUGUGAUCCGGACCAGCUGUGGAGUUCCCCUCCAACACUUCACACAGGUGAAGUCCAUUAAAGCUGCAGCUUCCGAUAUAGAAAUGAAGGACUCAUUCUAAGCUAAUAGAAACUCAACAGUUGUUAGUUUCAGGUGAUUAUACAAUAAAGAAUACACAGUGAUGCAUAUUAUAUUAUAUUUCCGGUAAUAGAUGCACAGAAAUCCUACACACUGGCCCUUUAAGUGCCAGGUUGACGUAUCGGAGCGUUCUGAGCUGGAAACUGGUAACUCUGCUGUGACCUGAAGGGGCAUUGGUGUGGACGUUGUGCUGGGCUGCUUCUCUCUUUUGUGUUGUUUAUUGCUCCAUUCGGUGUAAUUGACUUAAGUCACAUUCCCUGGUUACUGCAUGGAUGUGACUGAAUGAUAAGCUACUUGUCAGGUUUACUGAUUUCAUGUGUUCAUCUGCUCUAUGUUCAUAUUUAUUUCACACGUUUUGCACAUAUGUUGUUGGAUUCCCUGUGAACCAAACACUAAUCCAAUCUUGAACAAAUGACUUCAUUCCAGUAAGUGUUAAUCUAUUUUCAAAAAUUGCCUCGCAUAUAUAAAUGUGGAAAUGAUUUAUCUGAUAUCUGUACAAUAAAAAUAUUCAAAACAA